UGUUGAAAAACCUGUUCUGGAAAAUGAAUAUACACUGACAUCAUCACUAUCUUUGCUACAAGGGGUAGCAAACAGGGAAAAGAGAAACAAGAAGUGAUCUUUUUGUCUUGGAGUGUUACGGGUUAUGGGCUCUUAUGCUGAAUUCAUGGAUCAGAAUACACAGUACAGAAACAGAUUUGAGAGUCAAGAUUCUUUCAGGUCAGGAGGACAAUUGCAGAUUGAUGAAAUGGAACUGGGCGAAGAGUGGCAGGAUGAAGAAUUCCCUAGACCACUGCCUGAAGAUUCCGAAUUUCCAGAGUCAUCAGAGGAAGAUCACCCGAACAUUGAUGAAGAUGGCAAACCAGUACCACCAAGCACCUUGGACCUCUGUGGAAACAGGCAUAUGAAGAAACGUCUCCUUGCUCCUGAAAUUAGUCUAAAUCUCGAAGGUGGUGAUAAAUCUGGUUCUAUAGAUUAUCCAGAUCCGACUCCUGAUGAUGACUUUGAUAUAAAUAUUGAUGAGCUGGAAACUCCAUCAGACAGUGAAACCUUUGAAUUCUCGAUAAGCACUGACUUUGAGUGGGAAGAUGAUCUACCACGAAGGAAGAGAUCAGGCAGUGGAGCAUCUACCACUAGAAUUGCAGCUGGGCGUGUUAGAGACGAGAUGGACAGAGAAGGGAGAAAGUGGCGAAUUUUCAGUAUGACAGAACAGGAUUACCGUGUGGACAUGACCCUCAUUGAACCUUACAAGAAGGUCAUCUCACAUGGAGGUUAUUUUGGUGAGGGUGUAAAUGCCUUAAUAAUUUUUGCAUCCUGUUAUUUACCAGAACGCAAUAUUCCAGAGUACCAGAAUGUUAUGGACAACCUCUUCAGGUAUAUAAUUGGGACACUGGACCUCCUGGUAGCAGAAAGCUAUGUAUUGGUAUACCUGAAUGGGUGUACACCUCGGAGUAAGAUUCCCAGUAUCGGCUGGGUGAGGCACUGUUACCAAACCGUGGACAGAAGAUUACGAAAAAACCUGAAGGCCUUACUAAUAGUUCAUCCAUCUUGGUACAUCAAAGCUCUCAUCACCAUUAUUCGGCCUUUUAUCAGUGCAAAGUUCAUCAGGAAAGUAAAAUUCAUAAACAGCUUAUGGGAGCUGUCUGAGCUCAUUCCUAUGGAUCAUGUCAAGAUUCCCGACUGCAUUACAAAGUAUGACCAAGAAAUGAAUAGCACAAAGAAGAGGAAGACGUAAAAUGCCUUGGAAUCCAAAGAAGGGUUAUAUUUUUUACUGAAAUGUAAAAAAAAAUAUGCAUUGUAUAUAUGUAUAAAGUUUGUUCUGGGUCUCAACUACAGUAUUUCUUGAUGAUGUCUUUUAGCUCCCAGUAUUAUAUGGAAAGAGUUGGAUCAUUGUUACAUAACUGGGUUAUGAUGACAUUUGUAGGAGUAAUUGUAUACAUGCAAUAUUGCCACGUUAAUACUGUCUACCCUCUGGUCAAUGGGUGUAUACACCACAUUCACAGAAGUACUUUUUUUUUUUUUUUUUCCUGAUCUGCCAUUCAUUCCACUAUAAAAUGUGUAUAAUUGCACUAAUGUUAUUAUAUUAAAUGUAUAUUUAGGGCCAAUAUUUUGAGGAUUUUUGGUUAUGCUGGUUGGAUUUUGCAUGUAUGUUAGAUGUUAGUUUGUUUCAAAUUAAACUGAACCACCAGGAGCUAUGACAAUGUAAACGUACAUAAUUUUCUCAGUGGUUCUUUGAACUCUUUUGACAAAAUUAUUUUGGUACUUUGCAUACUGUAAAGGUAUUACCUUUACAUCUAACAUUGUUGGCUAACCAUGUACUUCUGACAGUGGCUGUGGAAGUGAAGGUCACAUCCCUUUUAUAUUUCAAGUUUGAUGGUUUGUUGUUUAACAAUAGGUUGAAGUUUGUUUUACAAACAUAACACAGAUAUUCUGGUUUCAGAAUUUUGCAAAGAGCUGAAAUAUCCAGUGGUUUAAUAGAAAGUCUUUCUCUCUGAUAACGUCUGUGUUGUAUUAAGCAGUAUGUGAAGGAGAUGUUUUUCUUCUCAAUAUACAUGGCCAGCAUGGCCAUGGGAGAGAGAGAAAAAAGACUGUGUUGAAGAUGGAAUAUUUAUAGAACAUAAAUGUUGUCACCCAUUUGAUAGUUUAUGUAUAAUAGACUUGCCUUCCAGCUAUUAAUGUUACUUGAAGUAGUCCAUCUUCAUGUUCACUGUUCCAUUAUAUGGACUGAAGUACUAGGUGUCUACACAGCUGCCACUGUGGCCCUUGUGUACACUGUGCACUACCAAUAGGAAACCAUGCUGCCUGGUACACUGUUGGUGAUAACUGCCACUAUGGAUGAUAUUGCCUCUUUCUCCAAGCCCACAAAGAGUAUACUGCUGCAGGUCAGUAUUCCUGUUAUCUGAACAAUAAAGUUCUUGUUGCUAGCGUCCUUUCUUUAAACAAUACGUUGUAUCGUAAGGAGGUCUGAACACCAAGAAUUCAUUCACUCACCAACAUUCCUAAUGAGUUAAUAAACAAACAUAAUCUGGUGGUAUACCUUCAGUUCAUCAUCUGUUAUGUGCAAGCCUCCAGUGUAUCUCUGCACCCAAAAAUAAUCAAACCCAGUAUUAAGCCGGGGGAAACUUCCUGCUACUAGAUAGUGGUUUGCACCACCUAGUAACUUGAUAGUAUUCACUCUUCGGUUGGGGAUAUCUGCACUAAUUUUGCCUAAGCAGACACUCCCCAGCUAAUACCACACUAAGGUACUGUACAGGAGAUAAAAUGAGGGAAACCAGGAACAACUGUAAAAUUGUUAAAGAAUCAUAGAAUAAACAAAAUGUGUACAGAGCUGUAAAUACAGAUCCGGGUCACUGUAAGUUAAGUUUCACUGAUUCAUUUUGGAGACUGUGUUGUUCAGAGAUGUUUAAUUUUGUUUUAAUUUCGGUAUGGCACUUAUUUGGGGAGCAUGGGGAUACUUUCAUUCUUCGCACUUCGGUUUCAAAGAUGUGGCAAUAUUUACUUAAUAAACUAACUGCUUUGCAGUUCCAGACUUUU